AUGUACGGUAAUCGGACUCCAAUGCAGAUAUUGGAGCAAAUGUUGCAUGAAGGAAGGUAUGUUUACCACACCCGGGUGAAUCCCGAAACAAAUGCGGUCGAGGAGGUUUUUUUUGUUCAUCGGUACUCGUACGAUAUGUGGCGUGCUUUCCCACAUGUGUUGAUGAUUGAUACCACUUACAAAACUAAUGAGUAUAGACUUCCGUUUGUUCAAAUUGUGGGUGUGACAUCGACACACAAGUCGUUUUGUGUCGCUCAUGCUUUUAUCUCUAAAGAAAAACAGGAUAACUUCUUGUGGGUCCUACAGAACCUCAAAGGAUUGUUGGAAGAGGGUAUGGAACCGCGCGUGAUAGUAACAGAUUGCGAUAAAGCUUUGAUGAAUGCUUGCGAUAAACUAUUCCCAAAAGCAUCCAAAUUGCUAUGUCGGUGGCACAUCUCACAAAAUAUUCUAAAACACACCAAGGCAAAAUUUGCAACGGCUGAAGAAUGGAAAAUAUUCAAGCUUUCUUGGUCUCGAUUGUGUAAUUCUCCCACUGAGACGCUAUACAAUUAUAACUUUGAGCGGCUAUUUACGCGACUGACUGACGACCAUAGAUCAGAAAAAGAUACGUACGUUGCUCGCAGCAGGGGGACUUGUGGUUAUGUGCUUUUUACGAGUUGUGGGUUGCCAUGUGCUUGUCGGAUGGAGUGGUGGGAAAAUACAAAUUGCAAAAUUCCUCUUGCCGCCGUAGACAAAUUCUGGACAAAACUAGAUUUCAAUGCUGAAGAACUUAAGGAAGACGAUAAUAAUCUUCGGGAGGAAAUGGACAGAGUCAUGCAACAACUGAAGGCGCAACCACCGAUAGUGUUAAAAAGUAUGUUGUCGAAGAUAAAGGAGGUGGUGAAUCCAAGUAUGACUGACCAUCAACCGCCUGAGGUACAACAAGAUACUCGGGGACGCCCAACCUCUAAAGCACAACAAAAAAAGAAGGAGGAGGUUGCGAGACGUAAAGAUACCCGGUCCGAAGCAAAAGGCAAAAGCCAAAAGAAGGACGAGGACGCUCAAAAGCCAGCAGUGCAACGCAGUCGUUCAAAGAAAAAUAAGGCUAAAAAGACAGCUGAAAUUAUAGAUGAAGAUUUUCCACUGUUGGUGGGGGAUAGGUACAAAAACAUGAUCGAUCGUUUUAAGGACUGGCUUCCAUCUAUGUAUCGAAGAUACAUAACACAUAUGGAAGAUGCCCAGCCUGACGGUAACUAUGGGUUUCGAUCGGUGGCGUUGGGUUUGGGGUUGGACCAGAAUGCUUGGAUGUGA